UGUUCUCAGGUGAACGUCAGUCGGUGCUUGGUCUCGGACAGGGCACGCCACGCCGCGAAUUUUCGGUACCGAACGAUAUUAAACAAUUUUUACUCACGUAGAUUUGUUUUUCGAAUGGAGUUCGUGUAUACACGGAAUGGUUAGGGCAGGGGGAAGGCAGUGAUGUCACGGGACAAUGCGGCCGGUCGUCGUCGCCGCCUGCUUGUUGCUGCUUGCGCCCAUCACUGACUCUUGGUGGGCGUCUGGCAGCGCAGUAAUACUGGACCCUCGCAUGGUCUGCAAGAAGAACCGCCGCACCCGAGGACGGCUGGCACAGAUCUGCAGGAACGAGACUGGUCUUCUGAAGGAGAUCACCCGAGGCGUGACCCUCGGGGCUACGGAGUGCGCGCACCAGUUCAGAAAUAGACGUUGGAACUGCACCACGCAGAGACGCAGUAUGCGGAAAAUAUUAAUGAGAGACACCAGGGAGACCGGGUUUGUGAAUGCGAUCACAGCGGCCGGUGUCACCUAUGCUAUCACAAGAGCGUGCACGGCGGGAUCACUGCUAGAAUGCUCGUGUGAAAAGGAAGUACCAAAGCCUCGUCGUGGACGCGUAGCAACAAUACCCCUCCCACCUGCGCCGGCGCAGACGGACCGGUGGCAGUGGGGCGGCUGCAGCGACAAUGUACGCUUCGGCCUGCAGAAGUCUAGGGAAUUCAUGGAUAGCCGGUAUCGGAAGCGAAGCGAUAUCAAAACGCUUAUGAAACUUCACAACCACAACGCUGGGAGGUUGGCAAUCAAGUCCAACAUGAGGGUAGAGUGCAAGUGCCAUGGUCUGUCAGGUUCCUGCACGCUCAGAACUUGCUGGUGGAGAAUGCCAACAUUCAGAGAAGUCGGUGAUAAGUUAAGAGACAAAUUUGAAGGCGCUGCUAAGGUAAUCGCCAACAACGACGGUGAUAGCUUUAUGCCAGAAAGUCCAAUCAUAAAGCGGCCUGGCAAGAAGGAUAUUAUAUAUUCUGAAGAAUCGCCAGACUUCUGUUUGCCAAAUUUUAAGACUGGAUCUUUGGGCACCCAAGGACGCCAAUGUAAUAUUAGCUCAGCUGGCACAGACAGCUGCGAUCAACUAUGCUGUAGGAGAGGUUAUGUACAAAAUACAAUUAGGGAGACUGAAAAUUGUAAUUGUCAAUUCAAAUGGUGUUGCGAAGUUAUAUGUGAAACAUGUUAUGUAAAACGUGACAUACAAACGUGCUUAUAAUGUGAUAGAUAAUGUAUUAAAUGAUUAAAUAAAUAAAUAAUUUU